AUGGUGAAUGGAGUAAUCCAAGAUGAAGAUUUCAUUUUAGAGCCACUUGAAUAUGAAAUGGAUCCUAUGCGGGAUGCUGCCACUGCUCCAAAUGUUGGGGAUCGUGUUCUGUAUGUUAUUAUUAAAGCUGCAAAAGGUGCCAAGGCUUAUGAAAGGUCGGAGGAUCCUAUCUUCGUGCUAGAGAAUAACAUUCCAAUUGAUUCCCAUUACUAUCUCGAAAAUCAAAUUAGCAAGCCGCUUUUGAGAAUAUUUGAUCCCAUUCUGAAGAAUGCGGAAAAGGAACUUCUCCAUGGCAGCCACACAAGAUCAGUUUCCAUUUCAAUUCCUUCAAACAGCGGUAUCAUGAAAUUUGCUAAGAAACAACUUUGUUGCAUUGGCUGCAAAGCUCUAAUCAGGUGUUUUCAUGGAGGUGCCAACCUUUUUGAUUGGUUGGAUGUUAGACACGCUUGA